AUGUUUCGUCUCGCACUUGUCGUCUUCUCAGGUUUUCUGUUGGCCAAUUGUGCACUCAUGGAUCGUUCCAAACGGCAAACAUAUAAAUAUGACGAUGAAUUUCUAGCAUAUGCUCAUCCUCAUCCACAUACUAAGGUUCAACAAGGAUAUCUAGCCAGAUACGCCCCUCAUGAUUGGCCAAAAUGGUACUCUCGAACAAUUAUGCAAUGGGACGGUCAAUCAGUUUUGUCACCCUACGAAACAAGUGACGUUCGUUAUCCAGCCUGGCAUACAUCCAGAAUAAAAGGAAAUUUUUAG